AUGCUCGGGCUUUCUUAUUGGAUCGUACCCAUCUUCUCCGCGGUAGUAUGGACUGGCAUGCUCAUCGCCAUGAUGGUCUAUUGGGCCUCCACUGGCAAGCCCAUAUACUCAACGAUGAGCCAAGGGCAGCACAUCCCAUACAUCUCUGAUAUUGGUGCCGAUAAGCUCAAGCCCAUGUUCAUUGCAAUGUCUGUCGUCACAGUAGUAACAUUCGACUGCGCCUUCAUUUUCGAGCGAUGGCUGCGACACACCAACAAACUCCGCCCAAACACGUCCAACUGGCAAAAGCUAUACUCCGUAUGCGCCACCGUUGCCGCUGUCGCCGGUGCCGCCGGUCUCAUCCUUCUCACCAUUUUCGAUUGCAAGCGACACAACACCCUGCACAACAUUUUCCUUGUCGUCUUCAUUGCAAGUUACAUCAUCAGUGCCAUCUUCAUCUGCUGGGAAUACCAACGCCUGGGUGUUCAUUACCGUGAGGAAUCCAUUCUGCGCAUCUCCUUCUGGAUCAAGCUAUUCUUCAUCAUCUUCGAAGUUUGUCUCGUCAUUGCAUUCGGCGUCUGCUCAAAGACAGACAGGUGGAACGCUGCUGCUGUCCUGGAAUGGAUCAUUGCAUUUACGUACUGCUUCUACGUCGCCAGCUUCUUCAUCGAUUUCCUGCCUGCCAGGCGCACAAAGCAUCACCAAUCCAAGGAAACAGAGGUGCAGAUGUUGGAGGAAGGUGGUCAGACGCAUUCAACCACCGACAACGCUCGCAUGGGUGCGCCCUACCCUACUCCUCUCUCCUCGAGGAACUUUUAG